AUGGUCUGGUUUUCACAUUUCACUGUCGAACUGCCGACGAUCUGGCUAUUUCACCUAUUGGCCGAGUCCAAAGUUGGAAUGCCGACCAAGAAGCGGCGAGUUGCUGGUCAAACCACGCUGUCGAAUGUACUUCUUCGAAAGAUCGGCGAUGCCUCAGUACCCGCCAUUGGCUUCGGGGCAAUGGGGAUUAGCUGUUUGUACGGCGCAGUUGGAUCAGACGAGGAGCGUUUCAAGAUCUUCGAUGCUGCCUAUGCAGCGGGAUGCACGUUCUGGGAUACCGCUGAUGUGUAUCUCGACUCAGAGGACCUCAUCGGGAAAUGGUUUAAGCGUAAUCCCGGAAAACGCGAUUCUAUUUUCCUUGCGACGAAAUUCGGAAUCACUAUGCAAGGAUCCCGCGGUGAACCCGAGUAUGUCAAGCAACAGUGUUACACGUCGCUCAAGAGGCUCGGCGUGGAUUACAUCGACUUGUACUAUCAGCACCGAGUCGACCCCAAGGUUCCCAUCGAGAAGACAGUAGAGGCCAUGGCCGAACUUGUCAAAGAAGGUAAAGUCAAGUACCUCGGCCUCUCAGAUUGUACCGCAUCAGGUCUCCGUCGUGCGCAUGCGAUCCACCUCAUUGCCGCCCUUCAGAUUGAAUACUCACCAUUCGUCCUGGACGUUGAGAAGCCACCUCUCAAGCUCCUCCAAACUGCUCGUGAGCUCGGAGUCAAGAUCAUCGCCUAUUCCCCGCUAGGCCGUGGGCUCCUGACGGGUCAAGUCCGCUCUCGAGAUGACUUAGAGCCAAACGACUUCCGCUUGACGAUCCCCAAAUUCAAGGCAGGGAACUUCCCCAAGAUUCUUUUCCUUGUGGAUAGGAUCGGGGACGUGGCUAAGAGGCAUGGUGCCACUCCAGGACAGGCGGUGCUCGCUUGGAUUCUGGCGCAGGGGGAGGAUUUCUUUGUCAUUCCUGGGACGAAGAAGAUCAAGUACCUGGAGGAGAAUAUCAGUGCUGGGUCGCUCAAGCUGUCAUCCGAGGAAGUCGCAGAGAUCCGUCACGUAGCUGAGGAAACUGAGAUCCCUGGAGAACGAUAUGGCCCGGGAGCUUUGGAGACCACAUAUGUCGAGAGCCCGCCGUUGAAAUAG